AUGCAUCCCUCCAUCCCAAUCACCAAGCCUCAAACCCUCCCACCCAAUUGGUCGUUCCAGCUUGGGAACACCAUAGCCAUCCCAUCCGAGGCAGACCUCUGGCACCCUACCAAUCGUGGCAUGACAGACGAAGAAUGGGCGAGGAACAAGGCAAAGCUCAACUUAAACACUCGAGCACUCGCAUUCGCCGUAAUGCACGCCUUCAAUAGGACCCCAUCCUCAUCCUCGUCCUUGCACGGUGCACACACCCCUCCCCUACUCGAACAUACCAAACCUUCCGCAGUCUUCAACCACAUCUACACCGCCACAUUCCCCUCCUCAGAAGGCGAAGACGCUCCAUUCACCGUAGCAAUCCGCGUUCUUGGGAAGCUCGGGCGUCUACCAGGUCGCACAGAAACAACAGUCGCACUGAUGACCUUUGCUCGCUACAUCCUGGGUCUCCCUGUACCCAAAGUAUACGGCUGGUGCGACAGGGACGCAACCACAGGAAACCCCGUCAACGCACCCUACAUCAUCACAGAAUACUUCCCCUACUCCCCGACGCUCGACUGCAUCAAGAUGUGGUACCACGAAGCACCAUCGGAGGAGUUCUGGUACCAACUAACAGAUGCGAUGGCCAAAGCACACUCAGAGUUGGUAAAGAGCGUCCCGUUCUCCACUGAGUACGGAUCUGUAUACUUAGACUCGGAACGUAUCGAGUCCGACUCUACCACGGCAGAGUCGAUUAGGAGGGAGGACGAUGCCCUCCUAUCCGACAUCAAGACGUACAGGUUGGGCCCGUACAUGCCAGGCCCAAUGGAAUUUCGAGUGGGAUGCAGCGAGCGAAAGGUCAAACCCCGCCCUAUCACCGGAUCCAAUAGCAUCCAGACACCUUCCUCCACCUCACUCCGCAGCUUCUGGGAGCUACUAUGGACAAACGAGGUCGAAGCUGUGAAGGAGUACUACCGCGCUAAGCCAGGUGCUCUGUCAAAAUCUGGAUCAACUAUCGACGGUGAAGGUGAAGGAGGUUCUGAUGCCGACUCGGACUGCUCCAACCUCGACGACAUCCUGCGCACCGCAGACCACCUCCUCCAAUACAUCAAACACAUCCCUCUCCCAGACGAUCCCAGACUCUACACUCCCAGCAUCGUACCAAACUUCUACGCAAUCCGCAACGUCGCCAUCCGCUCCUGCACUGAACCCCACUCGGGGUCACACCAAAUCCAAAUCAAGGCUUACCUCGAUUGGGACAACACCUCCAUCCUCCCCUUCAUCCUCGCUUCUCAAUAUUUCGACGAACUUAUAGACGGAGCGGACGAGGGUACACCACACUGGAACGAGAUUGAGGGUGGAUUCCAUUGUGUUCAGGCUAUCACGGAUGAUGGCGGACCAGCGAACGACGAAGAGAUGAAGCAAGUCUUCGAUCAUCGAAGAAUCGUCUACUUGAAUCGGACGAAAGCACAACGCAAUCCCGACGCAGAAGAGCAAGAAGAAGAAGGUGAAUGGGACUCCUCUGACGAAGCGGAGGAAAGACGCGAACGAGCCAUCAUAAGACGCAACAGACUUUUCAACGCCCAUUUUCAGCGUGAAUACGAGCGGGCACUGCAGAGACACGACACCCGAUUUUCCAUUCCAGGACUCUGGGAGGCUAGGAACGACGUUUUAAAGAUUCACUUCUUAGUUACAGGGGGAAUGGAGACGUGGAUGGGCAGGACUGACUGGAUUGAAAGGCGAGCUCGGGAGGUGGUGACAGGGAACUUGUAG